AUGAAUUCUGAAGUUUUUGAAGCGUGUUUCAAAAAAAUUUUACCUCGUCUUGCAAAAGAUUGUGUUAUUGUGCUUGAUAACGCAUCCUAUCAUACCAGAAAGCUUGAGAAGAUCCCAACGUCUGCAACGAAGAAGUCUGACAUUCAAGCCUGGUUAGACAGUAAGGCAAUUUCUUAUAUGGUAAAAGCGGAACUUUUGGAUUUGGUAAAGGCUAAUCGAGGUCAAGACAAGUUUGUAGUCGACGAGCUUGCAAAAUCUACGGGUAGGAUUGUUUUAAGACUACCCCCAUAUCACUGUGAGCUUAAUCCCAUUGAGCUCGUUUGGGCACAAAUUAAGGGUGAAGUAGGCAGAAGAAAUACUACAUUUACAUUUUCUAAACUUAAACCACUUUUUGACGAAGCAAUAAAAAAUGUAACUGCUGAAAAUUGA